AUGGGAGGGGUGUGGCCUGGGGAGGGAUGAGGGGGACGAGAGGGAUAUAUAGCCGGUCCCAUAUGGAAAACUGCAUGCCUUUGUCCUUUGUAGCGUCGUAUCCGGCUGUGGAAGCGAACUUGAAAGUUUACCUCUAACUGGACAGGACUGCCUACCCUGAAGCAUGGUGUCCGUUGCUUUUCAAACCAUGGGCAUGGCCCUGUCUAUCGUGGGCUGGAUUGGGGCCAUCAUCACGUGUGCCAUGCCUUUGUGGAAAGUGACGGCUUUCAUUGGUAACAACAUUGUGACAGCCCAGACCACCUGGGAGGGGCUGUGGAUGAACUGUGUGGUGCAGAGCACUGGCCAGAUGCAAUGCAAGGUCUAUGACUCCAUGCUGGCUCUGCCUCAGGAUAUACAAACCGCCCGGGCUCUCAUGGUCAUCUCCGUGCUUCUGGCUCUCUUAGGCCUGAUGGUUGGCAUCAUGGGUGCCAAAUGCACCAACUGUGUGGAGGAGGAAGAUGUCAAGGCACGUAUUGUCAUUGUCGCCGGGGCCAUGUUUGUGGUAUCAGGAAUUCUUUGCCUCAUCCCAGUCUGUUGGUCAGCCAAUACUAUAAUCCGGGAGUUCUACAGCCCAUUAGUUAUGGAGGCUCAGAAGAGAGAGCUGGGCCCGUCCCUCUACCUUGGUUGGGCAGCAGCUGCUUUGAUGAUCCUUGGAGGAGGAUUGCUGUGCUGCAGUUGCCCCAAGAAAGAGAGCAACAACUACAGUGCUCGAUACACAGCUGCUGUCUCUCAACCCCGCAGCGAUUACCCCAGCAAGAACUAUGUUUAAGAGAAUCACCGUCGUGAUGAUGCUGUUGUCAUCCUGAAAGCUCAUUACUGGUAAAUUCCCUGAGAGCAUCAGAACUGCAUAAUGAACAUCCCCAAGGAGAGCAGAGCAUCCUGCUCCACAACUUCUCAACAUUUCUGGCCCAUCAGUAUUUUUUUCUCACUGUUACCACUAGAUAGUUUUAUUCCCACCUGUUUCAGCUCCUCUUUUGAAGAGAAUCCUUGAUUUUUAAUAGAAGAAUUCAGUAUAGGUAGAUAGGUAUUGAAUCAAUGUCCUAUUUUCGAGUGGUUUGUGAUAAAUGCCUUUGUGUGUUCUUGCCUUCUCCUCUCCAUUACACAAUCCCAAAUAGCCCAUAAUGGCUCAGAGAUCACAUCCUGUUCAAUGGGAUGAGGUGGGGUGGGGUGGAGGUGGAAAUAGUUACUCUAUAUCUAUGUUUUUUGAAGCUGUGAUAUGUUGUACAGUAUUUUAUGAAGAAAGGGGAUGUGGCUUUUUAGACCUGUUGUUGUUUUUAAUUAUUUUGCAACUGCUCUUGCAUGCAUUUCAUACUGGAAGCCAGUUUUUUCCUCUUUUUUAAAAAAAAUAUAACCUGAAUAAAAUUAAUGCUUUUAUAUAUA